CCAUCAGUAAUGAGUGAACAAAGCAUCUGUCAGGCGCGGGCCACCGUCAUGAUGUACGAUGACGGCAGCAAGCGCUGGUUACCGGCCGGUUCUGGCGCUCAGGCCAUCAGCAGGGUUCACAUCUUCCAGAACCCCAGUAACAACAGCUUCAGGGUGGUGGGACGCAAACAACAGGCCGAUCAGCAGGUGGUCAUUAACUGUCCUCUGGUCCGCGGGAUCAAAUAUAACCAGGCCACUCCUACGUUCCACCAGUGGCGCGAUGCGCGGCAGGUCUGGGGUCUGAACUUCGGCAGUAAAGAAGACGCGGCUCAGUUCGCCAGCGGCAUGACGCACGCGCUCGACGUGCUCAGCGGAGACGCCGGUGCGUGUCCUCCUCCUCCUCGACCGCCUCCGAACGGCCCGAGCGCUGAAGAGAUAGAGCAGAAGAGGAGACAGGAGAGAGAGCAACAGGAGAGAGAGCAACAGGAGAGAGAGCAACAGGAGAGAGAGCAACAGGAGAGAGAGCAACAGGAGAGAGAGCAACAGGAGAGAGAGCAACAGGAGAGAGAGCAACAGGAGAGAGAGCAACAGGAGAGAGAGAGGACAGUGGAGCAGCGGCUCCUGCAGUGA